AUGUUCUUACCUAAAAAGAACUUAAAAAUAAGAAUAUAUUUUUUAAUUUUCUUUAUUACAUCUUUAUGUAUUGUUAAUGUCUUUACUGUUCCAUUUAAUGAUGAUUACAAUUCAAAUACUAACAAAUGUGUACCUAUUCGUAUUAAGAUGUGUAGUGAUAUUGCUUACAAUAUGACAAUGUUUCCAAAUCUUUUACAACACCAAAAACAGGAAGAAGCUGAAAUUGAAAUUAAUAAUUUUUUACCACUUGUUCAGGUUAAAUGUAGUGAAGAUUUAAAAUUUUUUUUAUGUACUGUUUAUGCACCAUUUUGUAAUGUUCUCCCUAAACCAUUACCACCAUGUAGGCAUUUAUGUAUGAGUGCAAGAAAUGGUUGUGAAAAUUUAAUGAAUAAAUUUGGUUUUAAUUGGCCAACACCCUUAGAUUGUAAUAAUUUUCCUGUUGAUGGUUUAUGUGUUGGGGAGAAUCGUACCUCAAGUUCUAAUCUUGGUAAUUCAAAGUAUGGUCAAAAAAAGAUUGUUGAACCAAAUUUAUUAGAUUUUAUUGAUUUAGAAUGUCCAAAAGCAAUGAAAUCUAGGAGUAUGAAUACUUAUCAAAUUUAUAUUUCAAAUAAGACAUUAGAUCAAUGUUCAUUACCAUGUAAAGCUGAUAAGAUAUUUCCAAUGUUUUUUGAUGAAAAAAUUAGAGGUUUUAUAAGAUUGUGGACAAGUACAUGGGCCACGAUGUCAUUAUGUGCAUCAGCUUUUACAGCUUUAACAUUCCUUAUUGAUCUCCAUCGUUUUCGUUAUCCAAUAAGGCCUAUUCUUUAUCUUAGUGUUUGUUUUGUAGGCAUUUCAUCUGUUUUUAUAAUUGGUAUGACGUCAGAAGGUAGCCAUGCAUGUUCAAGUAUCUCAGCUAAGGGUACUCCUUUAACAACACAAGGUUUAGAUAAUUUUUGGUGUACUGUAAUGGCUGUCAUUUAUUAUUAUUGUCAAAUAGCAGGAGGUUUUUGGUGGUUAAUUUUAUGUUAUGUUUGGUAUUUAACAUCAAAUCUUCAAUGGGGAACAGAAGCUAUUGAAGCUAUAUCAUCAUACUUUCAUCUUAUAGCAUGGGGAUUACCAUUUUUAUUAACUGUUCUUUUGUUAGUUUUUCCAUCUGUUGAUGGUGAUAUGUUUACCGGAAUUUGUUCUAUGGGAAAUUUGAAUACAAAUGUUUUGUUUUAUUUUGUUUUUAUUCCAUUAUUAAUAACUUUAGUAAUUGGUUUGAUGUAUCUUGUACUAGGAAUUAUUUCUCUUUUAAGAAUUAGAAGGUAUUUAAAAUGCAAACAGUCGGACAUUGAUGCAACCUCAUCAAAAGUUCAACUAUUAAUGAUUCGUAUCUCUACUUUUGCUAUACUAUAUACAAUUCCUACAAUUAUCUUUUUGGCAUCAAUAUUUUAUCAAUCAAAAUAUUUUGACAGAUGGUUAACAGAAUGGUACUCUUUACGUUGUAAUCACGGGGAUCGCCAUGUAUUUGGUUUUUCAACCUCUCGACAUAAUUGCCCUUCUGACUUGUUUGUGUCAGCACCAGACCCAUUGUUAUUUUAUGCAAAAUAUUCAAGUCAACUUUUGAUUGGUGUCAUUUGUGCUAUAUGGGUGUCAUCAGGAAAGACAAUCAAAAGUUAUGCAAAUGCUUACUCAAGAUUGGUUUAUGGAUAA